AUGUCCAUGUCAACGGUUUCCGAGAAUAAUAUCCCCACUAUUCGGGGUGGCCAUGAACAAGCCCGUCCACGAAUUACACAGCCUCUGGAAUACUCAGGGAGUCUGGAUCUAUAUUUUCAUCAGGACCUCACCCCUGUGAUCGGUACAGAAUAUAAGGGAAUUCAAGUUGCAGAAAUUCUGCAAUCGAAGCAAAGUGACCAGAUUAUCAAGGACUUGGCAGUAUCUAUUUCAAAACGGGGAGUUAUAUUUUUGCGCAAUCAAGAUGUGACACCACACCAAAUGCGGGAAUUUGGGGAGAAACUAACCCUUCUCGCAGGAUGCCCCGAGUCAUCAGGUCUCCAUGUCCAUCCUCUGACGGAAGAGGGAAGUGAGCUUGGGGAUCAAAUUAGCAUCAUCAGCAGCGAGAAGCAGAAGAGGGGAGGCGGUCUCACACGUCAGCUCAGUGACACUAGCCGAUUUUCUUCAGUAGGGUGGCAUACCGACAUUAGUUUUGAGCUCGUCCCAUCUGACUACGCUAUGCUCAAAAUUCACACUCUCCCUCAGACAGGAGGAGACACUCUCUGGGCUUCAGGUUACGAGAUAUAUGAUAGGCUAUCGCCGGAAAUGGCUGCAUUCCUGGAAUUGUUGACAGCCACACAUGACGCUACCUUUUUCCAUGAUGAGGCGCGGAGAUUGGGUAACCCAUUGCGAAGGGGAGCCAGAGGGUCGCCCCUGAACUACGGCGAGAAGCUGACUGCAACUCACCCCGUCAUCAGAACUAAUCCCGUGACGGGUUGGAAGUCUGUAUACGUAAACAAAGGAUUUACCAAACGCAUCAACGGCGUUACAAAAGACGAGUCAGAUGUGCUCCUCAGUUAUCUGUUCAAUCUUGUGACCCAAAAUCAUGACGCCCAAGUUCGAUUCAAAUGGGAAAAAAACGACAUGGCAAUCUGGGAUAACAGGUCCACCUGGCAUUGCGCUACAUACGACUAUGUCGAGGCCCGGGCUGGCGAUCGGGUUUGCAGUUUAGGAGAAGCUCCUUAUUUAGAUCUCCAGUCUACAUCGAGAAGGCACGCCCUGCGGGGAGCUUAA